GAAGGAGUCCCCUACUACGACCACACACCUCCUUCGAAGUUUAGCAGCGGCUGUUUCCUUGGCAGGAACUGGAGUGCAAUGACUAAUGAUGAACAGGUUGAAUAUAUUGAAUAUCUGAGUCGUAAAGUCAGCACAGAAAUGGGGCUUCAAGAGCAGCUUGAUAUUAUUAAAAUUAUUGACCCCACUGCUCAGAUUUCACCUACAGACAAUGAGUUUAUUAUUGAACUAAAUUGCCUGACUGAUGAAAAAUUGAAACAGGUCCGAAAUUAUAUCAAGGAGCAUGGUCCUCAGCAGCGGUCGACAAGAGAGAACUGGAAGCGAAGCAGCUACAGUUGUGGGAGUGCCAGCGGUGUAAGCGGUGCCAGCGCCAGCAGCAGUAGUGCCAGUAUGGUCAGCUCAGUCAGUAAUAGCAGUUCCAGUGUUGGCAAUUCUGGUUCGAACUCCAGCGCCAGCAUGAGCCAGGCCCACAGUGACAGUAACUUAUCUACAAAUGCGGCAGAACCUAUCCAGGAUAAAAAAAAACGUUCUAAACAACGCAAACUUCAACAAAAGGCUUUGCGCAAGAGGCAACUGAAGGAGCAAAGGCAGGCUCGAAAGGAGAGACUAAGUGGCUUGUUUCUAAAUGAAGAAGUGCUCUCUCUAAAAGUGACUGAGGAGGACCAUGAAGGAGAUGUGGAUGUUUUGAUGUGAGAGGAGUGAAGUUAUCAUCAGUGUUCUUUCUAAGCCUUAAGCCUCUUAAU